AAACCAAACAUAUGCGAGCUGCCAGGGUGUGCUGUUAUACACUCGUAUAAUGUUGACAAACAUUUAGGAUUUGAGUAUCGGUGGAAUAACCAGAUCGCAAUUCAGAUAAUAAAAAGUAUUGAUCGGGAUAUCUAGCCCCAUUUGAGGUCAGCGAAGCGGAGAGGAACAUCGGAGGAACAUUUCCAUGAGUCUCGAAUUCCGAACCACCUUGUGAGGUAAAAGCAAACCCGACAGGUACCGCCGCGUCGAUGACAUCUCAUGGGAAGCAAAGUGACACUGGACGCAGAUGGUGACAAGGAAGAGAUUGGUGAUACUUAUCGCUAAAAAGAGAACGGGCGAAACAUUUUAAUCCUGAUGAAAGAACAUGCCAUAAGUAGGGAAGCUAAAUCACAACUGGAGCUUCAUCAAAAGCUGACAGAGCUAAUCCGCUGGAGGUCCUACUGAACAUCCCACCAAUACAGAUCUAUAUACAAGGGGAAGCAAGAUCCGCAGUAUAUAGAUACAUAACCAGCUUUACUUGGAGGACUCAAAUCCCUGCCAGAGAAGACUGGGAAAACGGGCCACCAAUGAAGGCAGAAAUAACCUGGUAUGCUGAUGGCUCAAAAACUCAAGAAGAAGUAGGAACCGGAAUAUAUGAACCCAGAACGAAAAGGAAAAUCUCUAUUCCAAUGGCGAGCGAAAUUGUCGCAACCGACACUCCCAUAAUCGGAGUUUUGUCCCAGGAAACCUACAUCAUUUCCGGAUUGUUUCCUAACGUCACGUACGACAGUUACAUAGCGGCUUCCUACGUAAAAUUUGUCGAAAGCGCAGGCGCGAGAGCGGUGCCCGUUUGGAUCGGCCAAGACGAAAGUUAUUAUCGCAGAGUUGUAGAUUACACAAAUGGUCUAUUGUUCCCGGGCGGCGGAACUUACUUCAACGAAACCGGAGGUUACGGCGAAGCCGCCACUUAUCUUUAUCGUUUCGCCAUCGACUCGAAUCGGAGUGGAAACUACUACCCGAUUUGGGGAACUUGCCUGGGGAUGCAAGUUCUGAUGUAUGCGAGUUUGAACGGCACCAAGGACGUCAGACUCGACUGUUCGCUAACCAACGUGGCCAUUCCUUUAAACUUUAGCAAAGAUUACGAAAACAGCAGGAUGUUUUCGAGGACGCCUGAUGAAACAAUCAACAUCCUAAAGUCCAAAAACGUCACUUACAACCAGCACAGGUACUGUCUGACCAAAGCCUCGUUAAAGGAGAACGAUUUGCUGGACGACUGGCAGAUAUUAGCGACCAAUAUCGAUAGCAACGGUUUGGAGUUCAUAUCGGCGAUGGAGCAUAGAACUUACCCCCUUUACGGGGUUCAGUUUCACCCUGAGAAAAAUCAGUUCGAGUUUAAGAAAAACAAGGGGUUUCCGCACUCCGAGCAGUCCGUCCGGGUGGCGCAGCAUUUCGCAAAUUUCUUCGUCGGAGAGUGCAGGAAAAACGCUAACCGGUUUCCCAACGAUGACGUAGAAGUGCGCUCUUUGAUUUACAAUUUCAAUCCGAAAUAUACGGGAAUGAAUAACAGUUACUACGAGCAGAUUUAUACCUUUGUUAAAAAAGAUUUCGAACGGGUCCAAUUGCUUUAACCGGCAUUUGCUCGUUCAGUUUUGUCGGGGUUGUAAAAAUAUAUGGCGCCCAAUAGUUAAACAGAAAUGGAAAAAUAGUUUUCUUGAAUAAAUAAAAGUCAAAGAAACUUGCGCAGGCAACUGUAAAAAAGAUUACCGACUGAAACUGAAAUAUCCCAACAAGUCAAGAAAUUUUCGCAAAUCUAGUUUUGCCUUACGUCGAGAAAAAACUUAUUAGAAAAAAAUAGACCCCCAUUGCCCCCCAUUAAAUGAAACCGUUGGGUUUAAGUGCUUACUUAAGUGAUUCUUUUUGUCUUUUUUUUGGAAAUCUAGUAUACAAGUAAAUAUGGUCAGAAAUAAUACAUUUAUAUUAUACAGGGUGAGCCAUUUUAAAGGGCCAGCCUACUAAUUUGGAAGACGUCCUUUUCAAAAAUAAUUUCUAAACUCCAGUUUUAAAAACCAUUUUUUUUUAAUGUCUGUAUUUUAUUUUAAUAGAACAUAAACAUUAAAAAAAUUCAAAAUAGAGGAAAGUAGUAAUAAAUUCACCACAAAGUCAACAAAUUAAAAAUUGGAGUCAGUUUCUGAGUAUUCGUCAUCAGUUUCGGUAACUGAUAUGUCAGAAACAACAACAAAACUUCUUGCGGGAAUACUUUAAAAAAAUUUUUGUAAGGAUGUAAGGAUCAGAACUUAAUAACAUAACAUUAAAAACAUCCUCAUUGGAUUUCUGGUGCCUCCCGGGCUUCCCCCAAUGGAGGUAAAAACGAAGAAAUUAUUUUGGGUCCAUGGAUGAGCAAUUUAUGAAUUAUGGGAGGCAUAUAGAACCGUGGAUAUUUUUCAACAAACAAUAUCGCAGGUUCAAGAGCAAAUAAAUUUUGCUACAAUGAUAUUAGUACAAUAGAACUAAGUUGCUAGUAAAGGGGCAAGGUGGAACAAAUUUUUAUAAAGCUUCCUUUUUAACAUAUAAAAGUCCACUGAUGUACCUUUCGCCAAAAGGCCUCAAAAUCUAACCGCUUUCGAAAAUCGAUGAAAGUAUCUGCGCUCGUAUAAAAUUUUAUGUCUCCGUAACGGUAUUGGUACAAAAAUGAUCACCGCCGAAAAAAUAAUGUUUUUUUGUCUGUUUGUCCGUUCUCCGUUCUCGUCUUUUGGUUUUUCCUGAAUAACUUUCGAACCAUUGGAGCUACAAAGUUGAAAUUUGUUGUUGAAAAUCUAUCUUGUAAAUGGGAUUCCCGACUUUGUAUUGAGUAUUGCUGAUGUUAUAGAUACCGUUUCGGGUGAUUGGAGGCUUCAUCACUAAAUAAUAUUAUCCGAGAAAUCCUUGAAGGGUAAUCGGCAGGGUUAAAAGCUUGUGUAGGUAGGCUGUGGCCCGGAUACAACUCGAAAUUGUGUAAAGUUCUCCAUAUUUCUUAGAAAAUGAUAUUUAUUUUGAAUUCAGUUACAAAAAAGCGCAACUUUUGGAACUCCUAAAUUCAUUUGCAAUUAAAAAACAGAGCAUUUGUGGAAACAAAUAAAAUCAAAGUUCUCAACAGGAAAUGUUACUCCUACUUGAAGUCUCAGUGAUAAAAAAUGUAAUUAAUAGUAUACCAAUUGAAAGCGAAAUUCAGUACAGCAGACUCUACAUUUCUAUACGAAACAACAUAAACCCUAUAAUAACGACGACUCUGAUAGUGACACAGAAGUAUAUUUACACAUUUAGAAUAAAAAUAUAAUUAUGUAAUUUCUAGCUAUGAAUUUAUUGUCUAUAUUUAAUGUCAUUGUUUUCUCUUGUGUGUGAAAUUUAAUACCCACCUAAAUAAAAAAAAAAUAUUAUUACCAACACCUUUGAGAGUGUUUACCUAAUGUUCUGCCCUUUAAUUCCUCAGGGACCUACGGGGCCUACGGCUAGUAACUUCCAUAAUUGCGCAUAACUCAUAACCAUGCGUUGAUAAAUCAACAGAUCGCAUGGCAUUAAAAAAGUUGGAAAAAAAAUGUCAAAAUUAAACAUGCUCGUCUAAGCGCGUGAGGUGAAAACUUCUUGUGUCAGCCCCAAGCCCCAGCCCCAUCUAUCUGCCAGGUAGAAGUGAUAACGUAACGAACAACAAUAUACUUGUGGUUGAGAAUGAGAGUGGAUGGAGCUCUCUCCCACCGCAGGUAACUUGUCUCAUUAGGAACGAAUACUAAUUGGCAUUCGUUGGUUCAAUGCCUAUGACAAAUUCUAUUUAAUACAAGAGUGGAUACAAUAAAAGGUAAUGCAAGUUAAUGUUCCUGUAAUAGCAGCAAUUUGCGAUUUAUUUCGGAUAACCGAACCCCUCUGAACAGGUAUUUACACUGCGAAAUUAAACAAAGAGAUUAUAAUACCUUCACGCGUAGUAACACAAACGAUGUUCUCACUUCGACAAACAAAAAUAAGCCCUCGGUUUGCAUCCAUGCAUAUAGCGGUUAGUUAUUUGAAAUGAUCACAGUUCAGUUGGAAAGGCCUGAUUGAACUACAACAUAUAUAUAACAUAUUUAAACGCAUUUUUAGGUUAUGUUUCACCCAGACACGUAGAAACAGUUUCCCGAAUAAGGUUCAUUGCAUUUUGCCACACAUUUUGCUGUACGGCUAGGUUGGAAACGAUUUCGCUCUCCCCUCUUUUCAUUUUGUUGUAUGUGAGUGUAUCACUGCAAUAAAAUGGUGCCCAACUUUUAUUAGAUUUUGUGAAUGCGUAUUAUAGUUUGAUGAAACUUUUCUGUAGUACCUAGACACCUUUAGAACCAUUUAAUUUAUGUAUCAUUUGAAAAUAAUAGAAACAUUCAAAUUAUAGAAAUUAGAAUUUAUUUUUUAAAUGUUUUUUGAUCAAUCAUGAGAAAUAGCACUAAUAAAAUGAAUCUUAAGUUUAUUUUUAAUAAAAAAUAUAUACCUGUUUUGCAUUUCCGUUCUCUAGAGCAUAACAUUUUUUUUCAAAAUUAGUUAACAAGUUAAUUGGCACCAUAAUUUCGUGCCUCGAUUUUUUCAAUUUCAGAAAAAAAAUGUCCUUUUUGUAUGCUUCGUCUUUAACUAGAAAAUUAGCCUUGUUGCCGAGUUGUUACGAGAAUAUGAAAAACUUCUUUUUUAAACAUUUAUAAUAAUUUUCAUAAUAUAAUAAUUUAUUGUGGUCGUCUACCUCUUUGUGAAAAUAAAAAAUUUCAUCCACAUUUUUCAUUGAAUUAUUUUUGGUUAGUUGCCAUCUAUAGUUGAUGCCAAAUAAAUUUUUAACCACCAUCAAGGUCAACGCAUCAUUUUAAUUAAUUAAAAUAUAAGCAAUGUUUCAGAGCUCGAUUUUAUAUUUAUUUAUUUAUAAAAAAUACAGAUUUUAUAUAAUUCGAUUGUAUUUGUUUAUUUGUGAAUCAACAAAAAACAUAUGAGUAUUCCUUAAUACUUCUAAAUGUUAAUAAUUAGAUAUUAUGACUACUUGCAUAUAUGGAGAAUAUUUUUAUUUACUGUCACUGAAAUCACUAGAAUCACUAAAUAAUGUAUAUGUAAUGCUUGUGUAUGUCUAAUGGAACACACUUCAGGAGUGACAGUUUGCACUACAUCUUGCCACAUUUUGAAUAAACUAUCUUAAAAAAUUUAAGUUAUAAUAUUUAUUUGUAAUUCCCCAAAUCAGUUCAAUUGGGUUAAAAGUUCUAUUUCCCCACGAUGUUUGUCACGUUGCGUUUUCGACCAAAAUACAAAUGAUGAACAAAAAACGGAACCACGCACCACUACUUGAAAAGUGGAACCAAAAUUAUUUUACUCAUGAAAUAUCUAUUUCCUAAAUUUUCCGAUAAGAUUGUGUUUUAACACACAAUUUUAUUGAGACGGUAGGACCAUACAUUAACCCGUGUACGCUCGUGGCUGUUCCCUAGCAUGCUAACAAUUACAUUAUCAUUUUUCC